UUUAUUAGAUUUUAUAGCAUGAUAGAGGCCAGAGAGAAUGGUUGAGACGGCUUCUUUACCGGAACUAAAACUCCGGCCAGAAUUCCGGGCAGAUGCAGAGGUCAAGUUCAUGAACACCCUUGUCAAGCCAAAAAAGGUGACAUCAGUUAGAUCAGGGAAGAUACCGCUCGUGAAAACAACAGAGAAGACUGAAGGCUGGCCAGCUGGUAAUCCCACUGCUAUAAAACAUGCACUUGACAGUGGUCAUUAUGAAAUGGCAGAAGAUGAACCCUUUUACGCCAGCAAGGAGGUUGAACGUUUGGAGGAUAACCUGUACCUCGUAACUGGACAAGGUAAAGAGACAAAGAAGAGUGACAUAAUUGAGCGUAUAACAGAGAGUAGAAGACAACGGCAUAAGAAUGCUCUGGAAGACUUACACGAGGAACUGGGCCAUUUGAAUAAAGCUGUCGAACCUCAGGUAGCGAACGAACUAGACAGUACUAAAGAACAGAUAAGUUGGAUACUAUCAGAGAUACAUAUCCUGUUUUCUGGGAUAGAAAACGACAAUAUUCUCUUCACAUAUCCUCUAAAAAGACUCCAAGUCCUGUGGGAAGACGUCGUUACUCUCCUCCAAAAACGUAGCAACAAAAUCACAGAUCUUAGAGAGCAACUUAACGAAACAGAGUCCCAGAGAAAGGACCAAAUAUCAGAACUUUUCAAGCACUACAGCGCUUCGUUCCACGAUAUCGCGUAUUUGAAUACGGGCGCAAUCAACUUACUGAUGGACCUGGAAGUCUACACAUCCAACCAACUGCUACUAACAAACUACAAACACUACUCCAACAUGAUUUCUCAGAUACAGCUGGAGAACGUGGUCAGGUUAAGACAGUACAGGGUGCGAUGGGAAGAGAGGUUAGCCACCUGGCGAGACCUCCAUACUCACCAAACCACUGAUAAAUUCACUACCUUCAUGUACACUCCCGCCAUCACUGAUUGUCCGGAUAUUGAGUCAAUAUCAGAGAUGAUGAAGUGCGAGCUUAACGGAUUGGUAGAACGGAGGUUUAACAAGCUGCAAAGUGUCAGAGAGAUGAAACCUCCCUCGUUUACUUGUAAAACAGUGUUGCGCUGGUAUGAAGAGGUGUGUGAGCUUAGCCUCACCUUGGAAAACACGCACCGGAAAUACGUUGCUAAGCUAGCUGCUGUGGGAGACAAAGUUUUGCUAGAUUGUGAAACAGUUGCUGACAGAAUGUUGGAAACGCUUCAAGAAGAGGGAGUUUGUUCUGAUUCUGAAGCUCAAGAUCUAAAGUUUUCUGAUCUGAUGCCGCUGAUCGCUGUGUGGGGCACAAAACACAGAGAGAAGAUUCUUCGGUUGGAGGAAAAGUUUUCAGAUGAAGCUGCAAAGUUCAAAUCAAACCUUCAUUUGCUCUAUGACUUCCAAAACGGUGCCGCUAAUAUUUGGACCGAGUAUUGCUCGAGAGUGACUGAUAAGAAUAGCGAACUAUCAGCCUUGGUGAGGAAAUGUCGACGAAAACACGACGAAAUCAAUCAACGGUUAGAGAGCUCUUUAGACAUGGAGAUGGACAGAAUGAGACAGGACACCAAUGAUUUUGAGUUGAAGAAACAUCUGGAUAAAGCGACAGAAGCUCUGGAGGAGAUUGCUGCUGCUUACACCAAUUUCAAACGAGAUAUGGCCGAUGUUAUCAAGACAUAUCCUGAUAUGAUCUCAAAUGAGCUACUCAACUAUUCGAUGCAGAUAAGGAAACAUUUAAGUUGCUACACGGAAGAAGAUACCAAAGUGGAAGAUGGAGAGGAAGGACUAGGAUCUGACAAUGCUUCCAUCGGUGGAAUUGUCGAUCAAGCUCCACACGAGUCGACUGAGAAGGGUGGAGUUGAUAUCGCGUUCAUGACAGAAGUCUCGGCGGCAGCACCUCAACAACCACCGUCAUACUCUGAUGAAAGGUUCAAAGUAUUAGAAGAGGGCCUGACUAUUGUCUACUUGGAGCAUCUUGACCUACUAACUCACGAGGUCGCUCAACAUUCUGAUCAAACCGUAGGGGAGAAGUUGAGUGAGCUGAAAAGCGAAGUUGAACUGCGACAUCACAUCCACAAACCCAGGGUCACUAGAAUGAAGUUGGACAUUUACAACGUGAGACUGAACGAACUGAAGAACCACGAUGAAAGAGUUAAGCAACAUGGAGCAGGAAUUACGCUGGAAAUAAGCACCUUGAGAAGCGAGUUCAAGAAGCUCGGCAUGGAGCAUGAUGUGAAGGGAAAGAAAUUUAAACAACUUGUGGAGGAUUGUGAAAAGACGCUUCCCACUCUUGAGAAAACUGCUCAUUUACAGACCUUACAAAAUAAAGUUACUACUGCGUAUGAAGGCCAUAUGAAUGUGAUAAAGUUGGAGCUGUCGUCUUUCAGAAAUAAAAUGGAGAUGAAACUAAACGAUUUGAGGGAGAGUAACCAGCACUUUGGUUUGGCUUUCAAACCCUUCGCUGAAGGUGGCAAUUUUGGACCGGACGAAAUCGAAACGUUCCGGAAGAAACUUGAGAAAUGUAACCUCAAGAUUGACAACUGUGAAACGUUUAUUCUUACCGAACUUGAUGGAAUGGAGUCCAAAUGUCUCGAUGCCGCAGUUGAGAUGACAAGCAGCUUUGAAGCGAGACUGAAGAUGCACAUUCUCGACGUGGCAUUCCUGGAGAAAGUGAACAGCUGGAUGUCAAAUUGUCAGGUGAAGAUCAAGACGGAGGUUGCCGCCUGCAAUAUGAUGUCCAAGAAGUUGAAAACAAAGAUAGAAAGUCUAAGAAAACUGAUCGACAGCUGUGCCAGACCUCAUCCUGACAAACCGACUGUAAAACCGGAAGAAGUACUUUCUGCGAUUCCCGAUAUGUACAACUUGUUCCAGCAGAGAAUCAUGUAUCUAGACUGUGCUAAACCUGCUACUAAAACAUCUGUUCAGAUAAAUCCAGAUCACCCUGAUUUUCAAAUGUCUCGAGAGUCUACGCACGAUUUCCAAAGUGUCGUUAACCUGACUAAGAAUAUCCUCACGAUGUCCAGAAAAUACAGCUCUCCUUCGAUGGACUCUGAGUCAGUAACCAUUGACAAGAGAAAACCUAUCGUAACGGAGUCUCUUUAUCAGUGGUUUAUAGCGAAACAGGAAAAUCCGAAACCAAUGUCCAAACGAGGCAAAAGUCGGGUUGAGACAUCAGAGCGGACCAAAAGACUCGGCUCUGCCUCUUCUCGAUCAUCCAUGAUGUCUGUGGUUCUGACAGACGCGCAGUCAUUCAUGCCUAUUAUCAAGAAGAUUCUCCAGGAGACCCAGGGAGCGCUGUUUAUUUCUAGCGAAGCGUACUACACGCAGUACCAAGGUCCUCCCCUUAGAACGGGUAUUGCUGAGACUCUGGAGGGGUGCAUGGAGGAGCUAAACAAGCGGUUGAAUAAUUACUACGUCCAAACUCAGGAGUUUUACAACAAGUGUAUUCAGGAUCUGAGGAGCAUACUGACUGAUGUCCUUCAGUUGCACAUGGAGAUUCCACCGCUACUUUACGACGAAAUACUGGAGAAAUAUGUCACUGAGGUAUCCCAGAAGACGUCUGUCAUAAAACAUCAGUUUGACCAAAACAGAGCAAAAAUAGCUGAUCUACGAGAGACCAAUAAAGUUCAGUUGAAACCUAUUUUAGGACAUCCAAAUAGAGAAAUAGAUAUGAAUAAUCUGUGUAGAAGAGAGGAAGGUAGGGCUUUGGAAUCGGGCGAUGUUCUUUAUGAGUACUACAACGAACUGACCAACACUGAACGUUCCAUCGCACAAAAUUUCAUAGAGUCUAUAAAUUAUUGCACAGAGCGGCUCAUGAACCUGUUUGACCAGCUGAUAACAACAGAUGAUGUCAUCCUUGGAACAGUUGCUGAAGAGAAGCUGCCUACCACGGUUCUCCUGAAACGGGAGCUUAGAGCCAAGCAGGGCGACCAGACCUCUUUGCCAGGUCUCAGUAGAGAAGGACAACAGAUAAAACUUUUAAGAUUAGCCGACAUAGCGGUGGAUCGAACAGCUUCCUCUAAAUCUGAAAACUUUAAAACGGGCAAGUUUACUCCGGUGCACGAGGAAGCGCUUAGUUCAAUGAACAGAGUUUGUGGUGAGUAUAAGGAGCGUUUUGGGCUGGUUAUGGAGGAAAUUGAAUCUUUGUCCGCAAAGUGGACUUCCAGCGAAGAAAAGUGGAAGAGACAGUGGCUGUCUUCCGUUCAACACGUACGUAACUUGUAUAAACCUAACAACAUUUCUUAGUCUCCUGUUAUUCGAGCCCGUUAUUUGAGCUACAUCGGUAGAAGUUUGUGUUUUCUGACGUGUUUUUGGUCAAAAAGACUAGGGUUCAGGGAAAAAAUCUUCUAUUUACAUGAAGCAGCUUUAGAUUUAACAUGGUAGGUACUAGGUUUUCUUUAUUUAGAUACUGCGUGGGAUGGACCGUCUUCUUUCUUUAGUUCAGGGUUUUUCGCUAAGAUGAGAAGUACGGGGGAUAAAUUUACGUAUCCGUACGCUAAAUUGUAAAGUGCCACGUACUUUUCGCUC